ACGGAGUACGUACAGUAGUACUACCUGGGAUAUCUUGGGCACGUCACCUUCACUUUCCAACCUGCGUACUGUAAUUCUAACAGCGCAACUUCUAGAGUGCACACAAAAUUUACACGGGUUACUUCUCGCCCAUAAGCUCAUAGGCCCGAAACUCGAGACACGGCGUUCACAAUCUGCCCACAAAAGGGAGGGCCUCGGCCUGAACGACCGCCAUCAUGGUGUCAAUAAGUUGGGGGACUAUCAAGUCCCUACUACUUUUCUUUGGGCCUUUCUUAUUACCCAAGAUGAUCAGCUACUACCGCAAUCUCCGCGCCUCGUCCGCCCAAUCGAACCAACCCAUCCGCCCUCCCCCGCCAGGAGCGCAGCGGGUCAUAAUCUUGCUAUGCGUCGUAGCGAUCGUCUUCAUUGCCAAGACGCUGCCGACGCUCUCCCCGGAGAACGUCUUUGUCCUCACCGACUCCCGAAUCCAGAUACCCACCGACGUCCUCUUCAACCGCCUGGCGCACAUGCGCCGCAACGGCAGCCUGACGGCGACCGACGAGGCCCUCCGCGCCCGCUUCGUGAACCUCGAGAGCCGCCUGCUGUACCUCAAGUUCGGCCCGGACGCGCUGGCCGACUGCCCCUUUUGCGUCUCAGAGGAGCCAAACACGUACCUGUACUAUGCGCUCCCGGACCUGCUCGCCCCGCACCUCCUCAACCUGGCCCUGCUCGCCAUGGCGACGUCGGGGCUGGUCUCGGGCGGCGAGGGCCGCAGGUGGCGCACCGUCGCCGUCAUGUCGGCGGCCGCCACCGCCGCCGCGGACCUGUACCUCGUCAACGCCUAUGACCACCAGUCCAACGCGCGCGCCCUCCGCCCUGCCGACCUCGACAUGUUCUUCUGGGCCGCCCGGCGCUGGCGCCACGCCGCCUUUGCGGCCAUGGACGUCGUCAUCGCGGGGCUGAUCUGGCUGUCGUCGACCAAGCGGCUGUUCACUGAGCCGCCCAGCCCCUUGGAGCGCGUUGAGGGCGUCACGCGCGCUCUGGCGAGCGCCAAGAGUAGGCUCAGUGCGGUGUCCAUAGUUAAGAACACGGCCAGCCGGGACUCGGCGCUGAGGGCGAGGUCUCAUGCCUAUUGGGCGCACGAGGUCGGGGUUAUGAAUGAUGUCAUGGAGGAUAGGGAGGUUGUGGACGGAGUCAAGGAUGCGUUGGAGAACCGGAUCAAGAUCUCGGCCAUCUCGCAGGAUGCAGAAACUUAUGCGCGGAAUGUUGUAGAGGCGGUGAUGCCAGGGGAUGAGGCUCAGAAAGAAUAAGCUAGAUUUUUACUAGACUGCAGGAAUGCUGUCGAAAUGGAAUGUUCUUGAGAAUUAAACCCUGACUGGCGUUCGUUAUACAGUUACCUUGAGUUCAUGC